CAGCUAUAUUUUUAUAGAUUUGUGUUUUACACUAAUAAAUUUAUUUAUUAAAUUUCAAAUAUAGUAAGAUAAAGAAUGGAAAAACAGGCAAGUGAAGAUGAAAGAACAUUAUGGGUUGGUAGCGUGGACAACAGAGUUACAGAAGAAAUUUUAUGGGAAUUAUUUUUACAGGCUGGUCCCUUAGAAUCGGUCAAAAUACCAAAAGAUUUUAAAACGGGCAGAAAAAGAAAUUUUGCUUUUAUUAAAUUUCAACAUAAGGAGUCGGUGCCUUAUGUGAUUGAACUCAUGAAUGGUAUUAUAUUAUACGAUAGCGCAUUGAAACUAUGCGUAAAAAAUAAACCAUCAGGCAAUGGAAAUAAUGAUACAGAGCAAAACGAAUUUGAAGAUGCACCAAAGCGACGGCGAAUGAACCCUUCCUACGAACCAGAGCAAUAUCAGCAAAUGCAAUACAUAGAACAGCAGCAACAAUUUGGCCAGUUCCAUGGUCAAGGAUAUAUGGGCCAUCACCCUAUGAUGUUUCAUCCACAUAUGAUUACACAGUAUCCUUUACAUGCUAUGCCUCAUCAAAUGUGGCCUAGGCAUGGUGGUCCUCCACAUAGGAUGCCAAGGGAUGGAAGCCCUUUUAGGCCACCACACGGCCAUGAAAUCAAUAGUGAUGAUAGGUCAUCUCCCAAUAUGCAAAAAAGAGAAAGUAUGUCUAUGCGACGUAGUUAUUCAUCUCCAAAUCGUAUGUAUGAUGAAGAAAGACAAGUAGAUAGAAGACGUGAGUCCAGAUAUGACCGCAGCAGGAGAUAGUGCUGGGGUGUUAAUGUUCAUUAGAGGUUAUAAACUAAAGUUACUUAACCUUGAAUUGAAUAUCACUGUGCUGUCAUACUGAAUUUCCAUCGUACCUCUUUUAUAUGACCAAUAUAAUAACAGGUGGCUCGCCUUCGCAUCUGAUGAAUAUAUGUCCAAUUUGAUAUAUAAUUUUUCUAUAAAUUUUGGAUUAACACUGCUAUUGGUAUUUUGACAGUUUUUAUACUUCUUGACUGUUUUUUAUAUUGAUUUUACUUUCACCGUAGGUGUAAUAUUUAAAAUCAAACUUUUAACUAUUAAUUUAAGAUGACUGGAUUAAUUCUAGUUUUUCUUUAUGGUUUAAAUAUCACAUUUACCAUUACGUGUACAUGAUUACUGAAUAGAACAUGAUAAUUCAUUUCCCAUCAUUGAUUAUAAAACAGGGUCACACAGUCACAGUAUGGUGCCAUGUAUUUGUAUGAUUGUUUAAUAAUAUAAAGGAGACAGUUAAACUAGCUUGUAAAAUCGAGGAAAAAAAUAUCUAACACAUUAGGAAAUAACGAGAAAAAUAAGUUGCUUAUUUAAGGUGAAAUUUAUAUUGUUAAAAAUUGAAAAACAAAAGAAUGCUGUAAAUUUGAAAUUUGGAAGAAAUAUAUAUAAUUUUUUCCUAUAUUUUUUAGGUAUUCGUAGAUGAAUUCGGUAAUAGUUUAAGAAAGCACCUUAUUUGUAUUAAGAUAUUUGUCUUAGGCCAUCUUGUUUUUUUCUGGUAUUAGGUGUUAUAAGUCUAAUAUAAUGGUAGUUUGACUUUGAUGGAACAGGUUCAAUAUUUUGAAUUUUUUUUUCGUAAUUUUGAAUAAUUUAAACAGAUCCAUUUUGUAGCAUAUUCAUAGAAUAUGUCAAAAUUCCCUCUUAAAAAUUUAAACCAAAUUAAAAUUCCAGUGCAAAAAUGCCUUAUUACUCAGUAAUAUGUAUUAUCCAGAUCAUUGAAAUAUAUGUUACUCAAAUAGCGUUUACGCAUCCUUAUUUUUGAUGAUAUAUAAUAUUAGCAGCCAAUUUGCGAUUUUUACUCCGUCAAAUUUUUUUGAAGAAACCUUUCCUCAUAUUUUGCAAAAAAAAUUUGUAAAUUGGGAGAUCAAUUUAUCACUAAGCUACUAAUAUUAUUGAGAGAAUCGAUAUAAGAAAUUACUGUAUUGUUUAUAAUUAUAGUCAUUUUAAAUGUUAAAUUGGUCGUUCAUUGCUUCAGAUGAUUCAUGCGAAGUCAUCUGACAUGGAAUAAAAAGUAUUUUGAAAAAGAUUUUCUUAGAGUUACUAUGUUCUCAGUCUUAUUUUUUUAUUUCAAUGAUUUUUUUCAUGUCGUAGCAGUAUCUAUUACCCUAAUAUAUGAUACUCGACGGCAUUUCCAAUCGGUUUGUAUCAAUGUUGAACAUAGAGAACUAUCAAAUUUGACUACUUGAAGUUUAUAAAAAAUGGCGGUAUAUAUCUGAAAACAAGUUAACCAGCUAAUU